GGGGCUUUCCAGCCCUUAGAACGACCCCUGCUUGUUCACCCAUCCAUCUCCUAACCAUUUCUUUGGUCUGACUUGCACACAGCUGGCAUGGAUUCUGGGUCAGAUGCCAUCUGUUGCAUGGUACCUAUAUGCUCACACUCAUGCUCUGUGAACAACGUAGGAUCCCCAGCUAUCACAGCACAGGCGGUCAUGUGCAAACUCCACAUAUGCACACACUGGAGGUGGGUUUCGGACCCCCAACCGGGGAGAUGUGAGCUAAUCAUGCUACUCACUCACUAUGCCAUUAUAUCCAUCAACCUGCUUUCAUUUAUGAGCCUUUCUCUGUAGGCUGGUGAGAAACACCUCAUGUGGAAAAAGUCAUAAAAUUAUAUCCUGUGUUUUUGUAAAAAUUACUUGGCUUCCUCUCAGGGGCGCCAUAAACUGAGGGAAAGUUAGAACGAUUCCAGGGGCCCCUGAGUUUCUGGGGCCCUAAAAAAUUUGGAACAUAAUCUGAUUGAUCUGGGUUGGGUGCCCAAUGAAAUACGCUUUCAUGGGGCCCAGAAUCCUUAGCGGCACACUUGCUUCUUUGCACCCUGGGGAAAUCCUGGAUGUCAUCAUCGCUUCUAUACUCAUUUACUUCUUCUUUAGUGUCUCUUGUUCUCUCUGGUACCAAAGAAUGUGGCUAGCAUACUGGCCCUCAGAAAAAUAAGAAAACCCUCUCGUAAGCAUGGGACAAACGGACGUCAGAUGUCAUUAAAAUUACCAGCAAGCCACUUUCGGGGGGUGGGGGAUGGAAAUUCCCUCUGGCAGCGAUUCUGGACCCAGACCUAGCACCUGCAUCCCUUAAACACAAACUGGGGGGUGGGCUGUGGAACAAAGUAUUUUGAAGGGGGGUUUGUUUAGUUUCACAAUUUAGUUCCUGUAUGUAUGGAAUUAGUGGUAAUUCUCAGUGUAAUGAGCCAGGGAUGAUUAAAUGCAGUUGUGCUUGCAAAAGCAUGCAAAGCAUUCUUAUCUAGGAAACGGGGCUGCAUGUGCUGCAUCUGCUCGCUAUCUGGGGUGUCGGGGGUAAUUAAUGACAUGCUUACUUAUAGCUAAAACGCCAUGGUGAAGAGGGGCAUCACAUGCACGCGUUUACUGGUCAGCGAGAGCAUGCAUGCAUGCAUGCAUGCGUCUGCAUGCCCCCGCAGCUGUCCUCACGCAGCAGGUGCCACACUGGUGGUGAAGGAGCUGGCUUCCAAAGUGGAUCCAACUGGUAUCAUUUCUCACCCCCAUGCCCCACGUGGCCCAGAAUUCUGCAGUGGUUCUGAGCAUGUGUGUUGGUGUACCGUCAAACCUCACCCUCCUCCGUACACCCAUGCACACACCCACACCCUAACCCCCACAGGGCUGCAGAAUGUGUGGAAUGCAUCAGAACGCCAGACCCAUGCUGGAGUUCAGCUCUCAUUAAUAACAGAUCUUUUCUCUCUCUCCGUCUUUCUGCUCUCCUGCGGGGCGGGUAGUCUGAGAGGGAGAGACGGUAAACCAAGCCAGGGUGGCUCAAUCCAGGCAGAGUCCCCCGGUUUGUCCACUUCUCGACGAUUCUCAAAACGUGCAGUCAUGUGGCAGUGCGCUGUGAUUGGCUCAGCGCUGCUGGCCUUGUGCUCUGCGGCCCCGCCCCCGCACAUCAACCGCCUGGCGCUGUUCCCCGACAAGAGCGCUUGGUGUGAGGCCAAGAAUAUCACGCAGAUCGUGGGGCACACGGGCUGCCAGCCCCAGUCUAUUCAAAACAGGGCAUGCCUGGGUCAGUGCUUCAGCUACAGUGUGCCCAACACGUUCCCACAGUCCACGGAGUCUCUGGUGCACUGUGACUCCUGCAUGCCGGCACAGACACAGUGGGAGGUGGUCACUCUGGAGUGUCCCGGGAACGAGGAGGUGCCCCGCGUGGACAAGCUGGUGGAGCGCAUCCUGCACUGCAGCUGCCAGUCCUGCAGCAAGGAGGCCGGCCAAGAGGGGGCGCUAUUGCAGCUUGACCCAUCAGAGGUGGUCCCAGAAGCCCCGCCCUCCCCGCCAAUCGAUGACGAAGUCGCCCAUCCUCACGCCCUGGCCGACUCCCACGCCAGAGCGCAACCCCAGCAUUCCCACACGCACACGGACGCUGGGCAGCACAUGCACACCCCCGCGGGUGGGUAGUUAGUGGGGGUGAGGGGAGAUGGGUGGGGCAUCCGCCAUAGACCCUCCUCUGUGUCUCCUCCACCGGUCCACCCUCCACCUGUGUUUUAUCACGCCCCUUCCUUUCCCCAUCCGCUCUCCUUCUGAUAUCCCAAGACAACUAGAGCACUUUCGGAGCCUCAGUCUACACACGCCCGAUAGACGGACUGACACGCACACGCACAGACACGCGAUCACGCACAUGCAUACGCCUUCACGUGUCGGCAGGAAACUGAACACGUCAGCACACACAACUUACACAAAUAUUAAGGUAUGAAAAGUUCAUUUUCACUCGAUGUAGGGAAAAACGCUCUACUAGCUACGCCCUACAGACACUUCUGUCCCUAUAGGCCCAACACACAUGCCUUAGUUAUGUCUUAAUGGUCAGAAGUCACCUGCUUUUUUGGCGUAGUCUGUACUCUCACCUCUGCAAACGUGUCGAAAGAUGUAAUAAACUAGCGACUCCUCACCUGACCCAAACAUUUCUGCUGGUCUGAGACAGCAUUGAGGCAGGUGGGCAGCCUGCCCUUUCACUGACAGAAAUUUGCUACCAUAAUGUGUAGGUGGUGCAUAGAUUUUGGUAAGAUUACAUUUUGUUGUACAUUUAAAAAAAAGUAACUUUGUAACGUUGUUUUAUGAUUUUAUUGCUUGAAAACCGCCUGCCAUUGAUAAGAGGAACAGCAAAUGUAUUUGUCAUAUUAUUUUUAUAUAUGCCGUUACGUCAUAGAACAUUUCAUAUGGUGCUGCCCCAUUUUUUUCAAAGUCAAUCGUUAAUAUUUUAAACGUUUAACUGUUUGGCGCUAUCUGGAUGGGGGUGUGAGUAUCCUAAACGAACGCAUUUUAUCAAACUCUAAGUUCUUUAAAUGAUCCCAUGUAAACUUUAUAAAAAUUAACAUAUUCUAAGGUACAAUUGGAGUUAAAAAAUGCUUUUGCUCUCUUUCAAGUAUGGGUACGAGGCUUGAAGGGGAACAUCGGGGUACCGUUUAUGAGCAGCGCGCGCCCGCUUCAGUUAGUGAAGUCCUGUUUUAAUUUGAGAGGAGGUAUUUUAAUCCAAACAGCAGGAAAUAGGACGUAGAAAUAGUCUAUUUCCAAGUAAGAAAUGCGUAAAAUUAAAAUACUUUAAGAUCAUGGGAGAAUGCAAAGAAAUAGCCCGGAUUAAAGAUAUGCGUCAUAUAUAUAAAACCAAAGGCGUUUAAGGCAGAAAAUGACAUAGAAAAGUGAGAUUGCAUAGUAAUGCAAAUUGUUGUUGCAGAUCACGUUUAUAUGUAUUCAACUUUAAUCUGACAUUGAUUUCAUUUAAAUUCACAUUGAAUUGUCUGUUCCCCAUUUCACCACAUGAAAUAUCUAAACUUGAAGUCAUUUAUGGAGUGUUUUCUUCUUUUUCUUCAUCAUAAACGCAUAAAAAUAAACCAUCUGGAAGGGAUUUUCUACAGCGCUAAGAAAAGGUUAUGGAUCAAACAAAAAAACCUGAAUUCUUAAAGAAAUAACCGAGCUGAUUAAAAUGACUGCGAAAGGCGUCAGGUUGUCGGGAUGCGGCGAUUCAGGGGCUUCAGAGCCAGAGCAGCAUUUAGCGCGUUGCCGCUGGCCCCUACUGGCAAGUAUGAAGAAGUGCAGGCGGAUGGGGAGCUGUUCCCUCCAGCGGGGUCGGGCCGUAAAUAAUGGCUGGAUAAACGCAGAAGUAGAUUGAUUGUAGCAGACGGAUUAACUUGCUUGUUUAACGCAAGAAUGAAGACGCAGCAGGAGUCAAAAAUAAAUGUUUCAUCAGCGUGUAUACUCU